CUCCCCCCUCCCCCCCCCCAGAGAGCAGGAGGGGUCUCAGUGCCGCCCCCCAGUCACAUUUGGGAGCCAGGAGUUGUGUUCCCUCCCUGCUCGUCCCCCCGCUGUAUUCACAUCUCCUGCCUGGCUGCCGGAUAUGGACCAAGGAGUCUCCUUUCCGGGGGGAGAGCGGAUACGGAUCUGCAGUGACAUCACGGAUUCCCAGUUGUUACGUUUCCCAGUGGUCACAUUGGAAAGGAUAAAAUCUAAUCCAGUGAAUUAUCACAAAAAUUGUGCUGCUCUUCAGAAUGGAUUGGAGGGAAAAUGCGCUAAGCGGCAAACCAAAACCUGGGCUAAUGAGAAGAACCUGAGGAACCCCGGUGGAAGAGGAAGAGAGAAAAAAAUCAAUUGGUUGGCUGAACAACAAACCGUUCUAAACUACAAGCAACAAAAAGCUGAAAUGUGCAAAAAUCUAAAAAGGACUGUACUAUUAAAAAAUGAAAAAACUAUGAUUAAAUCAGGAAACCAGGAAAUACCUAAGUUGCCUGCACAAAGCACAAAGAGAAGUGAGUUCUGUAGCGCCCAGAGCUCCAUCCAACCUUUUGUCUGUACAAAGUGUGAGAGACGAUUCCGUAGCAACGAGGAACUUCUCUCCCACAAACGGAUUCACACCGGGAGGCCAUUUGUCUGUGCUGUUUGUGGGAAAUGCUUCUCACAUAGAAUCAUCCUCCAAGCGCACCAGUGGCUUCAUACUGGGGAGAAACCAUUCCCCUGCACUCAGUGUAAUGAGAGCUUUCUGUACAAAAGGGGCCUUCACCAACAUCAGCAAAUCCACCAGAAGGGGAAACCAUAUGUCUGUUCUACGUGUGGGAAACAGCUGAAGAACAAACUGACUCUAAAUCGACAUAUGCACAUUCACAGCAACAUAAAACCUUUUGCCUGUUCUGAGUGCAGCAAAUCCUUCCGAUUCAAGGCCUGUCUCCAGCUGCACCAAAGAACCCACACUGGAGAGAAACCAUAUACUUGUAAUGAGUGUGGAGAAAGCUUUGCCCAGUGUGGACAGUUAAAGACCCACUGUCGAAUUCACACUGGGGAAAAACCAUUUGCUUGUUCUGAAUGUGGAAAAAGAUUAAGUUCAAAAGAGGCUCUCCGGGCGCACCUGUUGUGUCACACUGGGGAGAAGCCAUUUUCCUGCUCAGAGUGUGAUAAAUCAUUUAGAUUAAAGUCAAGUCUUCAAAUCCACCAGCGCGUUCACACGGGAGAGAAACCAUUCGAGUGUAAAGAGUGCGGGAAAUGUUUCCGGAUUAAGGCGAAUUUCAAUUCACAUCAACUAACCCACACUGGGAUUAAACGGUUUGAAUGCUCUGAGUGCGGGAAGCGAUUCAGUCGCAAGUGCAGACUAAUUCAGCACCAGUUCAUUCACACCGGGGAGAAACCAUUUGAAUGUACCACGUGUGGGAGAAGAUUUAGUCUUAAACCAACCCUCAAUAAGCACCAGUUAGUCCACACUGGGGAGAAACCCUAUGUCUGUACUGACUGUGGAAUGGGCUACAAGGAGAAGAGGAGUCUGGUUGCUCAUCUUCGGACUCACACAGGAGAGGCAGGUAUUCCUUGUACUGAGUGUGGGAAAACCUUCCUGUCGGAGAGAAGACUUAAAAACCACAUGCAGAUACACACUGGUGUGAAGCGUUUUACCUGCAAAGAGUGUGGGAAAUCUUUCUCACAUAAAUCAUAUUUUGAGACUCACAAGCUAAUGCAUGCUGGGAUAAACCCCUUUGAAUGUACCGAGUGUGGGAAACAGUUCCCGCACAAGCAGCUUCUCAAAAGUCACCAGUUAAUUCACACUGGAGAACUUUUUGUCUGUCCAGAGUGUGGGCUGGGGUACAAGAGAAAGCAAAGCUUGCGCAAUCACCUUCUCUGUCACACAGGGGAGAAACCAUUUGCAUGUGAAGAGUGCGGUAAAAACUUUGUCUUGAAGAAACACCUCAAAAGACACAAAGAGACACACAGUGCGGAGAAAGCAUUUGAAUGCUCCGAAUGUGGGAAAAAGUUCCGUCGCAAGGAUGGACUCCUCAAGCACUGGCUAACUCACACAGGGGAGAAACCUCACGUCUGUACUGAGUGUGGGACACGCUUUCAGUGUACCAAACAGCUCAGGAUUCAUCUUUGGACUCACACUGGAGAGACGCCAUUUAAAUGUGAAGAGUGUGGGAAAGUUUUUGCUUCAAGCACAAAGCUCCAGGUCCAUAAAGUGACACACACGGGGGAAAAGCCAUUUACCUGUGAGAAGUGCGGCAAAAGCUUCACCCAGAAGUCAAAUCUGAACACUCACCAGCUGACUCACGGGGAAAAGAAGUUUAAGUGUGAGGAGUGCGGGAAAUGCUUCUCCCGUAAAGAUUCCCUCAGGAGUCAUCAGCGGCUUCACACUGGAGAGAAACCAUCGGUGUGAAAAAAAAAGCUUCUCCUGGGAGGAUUUUCUCCACCCUCAUGCGGUGACCCAUACUGGAGAGAAACCAUUCAGCUGCACGGUGUAGGAGAAAAAUGUAUAAGAGUUGCUUUAAUAAACAUGAGCGCAUUCACAACAGGUACAAGAGUACGGAUGAAGGCUCCGAUGCAGACUCGGAGGAAUUACCAACUGAAUACUGGCGAUGGGGCUGCACUGGUCUCCACCCCCUGGGAUGUGCUACUGUGAGGUACUGCUACUAACCAAUCAGCUACAUAUACCUAAUAGAUGGGUGUAGCUUACUCACGGGCCUAGUGAAGUCCUUAUCUGCGUAGCCCAUGUAUUCCUUCUAUACCAAAUUAAAGUAAAAGAUGUGAUAUAAGGGGCCCCUCCGGAUGUCUGCAAACAACUCAAACCUAUUUCUACUCCCCGGAGGCACUUAUAUAUGGAACCUAAUCACCCAGUGGCAGUGCCAAGAACAAAUCCUUCCCCAAAUGAUGCAGAAUAACAACUUGAUAAGAGAGGACAUUUGUAAACCAAUAAAACAUAUGUUCUACUGCAGCCAAUAGGGAGCAGACUUUCACUGAUUCAUUUAUUUAAAGGCUGAGUAAACAAAUUAUCUCCUUUUCCUUUGUAUAGAUUAAACUUUAAGAACAGAUUUAAGAUUCUAUUUUUUCCCUUGUUCAAUAAAGAUCUACACUAAGUAUCAUA